UAAUCAGUACAUAAUCAUCUUCAUCUUAUUGUCCAUUUUUACAUGACUUAAAUUCUUUAAGCGUGAAUCGGGCAGUCAAAAGUCGGGUGUCGCUACGCGACUGCCUCCCAGCCCAUACCCGCUUCCAAUCAUUGGAAACAUCUUGGAACUCGGAGACAAACCACAUCACUCGCUUGCUGCCCUGUCCAAAACAUACGGACCUUUGAUGUCCCUGAAGCUCGGUACCACAACCAUGAUCGUUCUUUCGUCGAGUGAAAUCGCUCAAGAGUUCUUUUCAAAACAUGAUAUUUCUUUCUCGAGUAGAUCUGUCCCGAGUGUUGCCAGGGUUCUCGGCAGCCAUAACAACUCCAUGGUUUGGAUGCCCGUUGGGGACCAGUGGCGACGGUUAAGAAGAAUAUGCAAAGAACACUUGUUUUCGGUACGUCAACAUGAUGCUAGCCGGUUUCUACGCAUGCAAAAGGUUAUGGAACUCCUUGACUUCGUUCAUGGUUGUUCUCUUAGUGACAAACCUAUCAACGUUGGUGAAAUUGCAGCUGCAACAACUCUUAACGUUCUCUCCAACUACAUACUUUCUACUGAUUUAGCUCAGUAUGAUUCUCCCUCUUCUCAAGAAUUUAAGGACAUGGUAUGGGCUGUCAUGGAAAUUAAUGGUGCACCAAAUUUAGCCGAUUAUUUUCCUGUGCUUCGGCACUUGGAUCCACAUGGCUUACUCAGACGGUCUAUAUUUUACACUAAGAAGCUUUUGGCAAUAUUUGAGCAACAUGUCAAUGAACGGUUACAUGCAAGAAGUACAAGUUCAUCUUAUGUUUCAAGCGAGGAUCUUACCGAUUUGCUAUUAAACAUCAGUAAAGAUCAAAACUCCUCAGUUAGCCUCAAAGACAUAAGACAGUUGCUAUAUGACUUAUUUCUUGCAGGAACUGACACAACAUCAAACACGUUGGAAUGGGCAAUGGCUGAACUAAUGCACAACCCCGAGAAAAUGUUGAAGAUAAUCUUGUUGGAGAUAUAUAAACGUAAAUGUGUAAAUGUAUAUACAUUUACGUUUAAUAUCUCCAACAAGAUUAUUUCCAGAUAAUCAUUAAUAUCAUGUUAUGAACGUUAUUACAGACUGAGCAUCAUAUAUAUAUCAUUUUUCUUGUACUGAUUGCAUCAACCAAAAGAAGUCAAAGUUUGAUUGGGAUGGCUAUCAGAGGCAGAUUUUUCUUUAAUGUAAAUCCAAACUUAUCAGUCAUAUCCAUAUCUUGUGCUCUCAUACCUCCUUCAAUCUUCCAAUCAAACUUAUGAAUCAACGAUCCCAACAACAAAUGCAACAUAAUAUCAGCUAGAGGCAAUCCUGGACACAUCCUUCUUCCUGCACCAAACGGGAUAAACUCCAAAUCACGACCUUUGAAGUAUUGGAUGUAAUUCAAUCUCAAAGUAACCGUUAUCUAGUAGCCGUUUGAAGUUGUUAUCGGAUGAGAAUAAAUUGCACAGUCAAGCUUGUUCCUGAUAAUAUGGCUUGAUCCAGUUUUUACGUAUUA